CAAUGAAAACAAUAUAUGGCCGUUGCAUUUUAAAGAGCAGAACUUCCGAUGGAUCCGAUGCCGCUUCCCGAGCGCUCCAUUGAGAAGCUUCCGAACAUACGAUGAAUGCGGGGUUAGCGGCGUUACGGGGGACGCCCCCAGCGAAAACAGACAGCCUACAAGGCAUUAGGAAACGACGUCACUAUGAUUGGCCAGUGACCUACCAUCCGAAGCUUUGCGGAGGCGCGUCACUACUUUUAUAUAAUAGCGAAGCUCCGGGGCUUGAUGCUUUUGCCUCUAUCAUCAGCAAAGCACAAGCUGCCAAAUAUCAACAUGUCGAACCAGCAAGAGAGCGCGCCCCUCGGGCAAGACUUCACUAACACGGUCAUUGACUCUAUGGGUCCCAACACGGACCCGCGCUUGCGAACCGUAAUGACGUCGCUCAUCCAGCACUUGCACGAUUUUGCGCGCGAGGUCGAUUUGACAGUGGACGAGUGGAUGAUGGGUGUUAAUGUGAUUAAUGCUGCCGGAAAGAUGACAACGGACCGCAGAAAUGAGGGCGUUCUUCUGUGUGACAUCUUGGGCAUUGAAUCCCUUUGCGAUGACAUCACAUACCGAGCUGCAGCUAAAGCCGGAGUCCCAGCAACAUCGUCCGCUAUUUUGGGCCCGUUUUGGCGUGAGCCACUGAAGAGAGAGAAUGGGACAACCAUUUCAUUCAACACUCCUGCAGAUGGACAAAUUGCCUAUAUGCACGGAAGAGUGGUAGAUUCUGAGACAGGAAAGCCUCUACAAAACGCCACCGUCGACGUUUGGCAAGCUUCUACCAACGGUCUAUACGAGCAACAAGAUCCUGACCAGGUCGAUCACAACUUACGCGGCCUCUUCACUACUGACGCUGAAGGCAAAUAUGGAUUUUACUGCUUAUUGCCUACCCCAUAUCCUGUUCCCUGCGACGGCCCGGCUGGCAAACUUCUGAAGCUGUUUGACCGACACAAUUUCCGACCGGCACACAUUCAUUUGAUUGUUAAAGCCGACGGACACAACCCGCUAACGACGCAAAUAUUUGACGCAAAUUCUGAUUACUUAAAGGAUGACGCAGUAUUUGCCGUGAAAGACGGCUUGGCAGUCCAUUUCGUCCCAAGAAAGGAUGACCCACAGGCAGAAUGGGAGCUUGAGUAUAAUGUUAAGCUGGCUACUCUUGCUUAA